UACUGCAACGUUUCUGACAGCUGAAGUAAACAGCCGUGAGGAGGGACACAGAAGUUUACAAUGAUGUGAGGGAUUUCUAAAAACAACAGAAAUGGAUAAAUAUGUCGGAGGAUCAUGUACAUCUCCAGUUUUGACAGCUGGAAUUGACUUUCGUGCCCGUGUGCAGCAGUUUAUGGAGGAGAGGAUGCAGACUACAAUGUUGACAGGCGUGUUAAUAGGGGCCGUGGUGGCCGUGUGCCUUAUUGGCAUCUCUGUGCUCUUCCUCUACCGCAGAUACAAGUUAUCGAGUCAGCAGACGGGUACGCCUCGGUACCGCUUCAGGAAAAGAGACAAGGUUCUUUUUUAUGGGAGAAAGAUCAUGAGAAAGGUCCAGACUCUGUCCUCCACACCCUUGUCUACUUCAGUCUCUAAACAUCGCCCUCGGAAAAGGCCUAAAGUCUUGAGUAUAGCUCGAAGGAUAUUGCGGAUAAAGAAGGAGCCCCCAACCCUGCAACCCAAGGAGCCUCCUCCCUCUCUGCUGGAGGCAGAUCUUACAGAGUUUGAUGUGCAGAACUCCAACUUGCCCUCAGAGGUGCUUUACAUGCUUAAGAAUGUCAGAGUGCUGGGUCACUUUGAGAAACCUCUGUUUCUGGAGCUUUGUCGACACAUGGUGUUUAUCGAGCUGCAGGAGGGCGAGGGUCUGUUCAAACCAGGAGAUGAUGAUGACAGCAUUUAUGUGGUCCAGGAUGGGAGACUGGAGCUGCGUAUCCAUGAAAACGAUGGCACAGAGCCAGUGGUGAAGGAUGUGCUGCCUGGAGACAGUGUUCACAGCCUGCUCAGCAUUCUUGACAUCAUCACGGGUUAUCCUGCUCCGUAUAAGACUGUGUCCGCUCGAGCAGCGGCACGCUCCACCAUCCUGCGCCUGCCUGCCUCUGCCUUCGAGUCUGUGUUUGAGAAAUAUCCGGAAACCCUAGUGAGAGUUAUACAGAUAAUCAUGGUUCGGCUGCAGAGAGUGACCUUCCUUGCCUUGCAUAACUACCUGGGACUAACCACUGAACUCUUCAAUCCAGAGAGGCAGGCUGUGCCUCUGACUACAGUCAACAGUGUGAUUGCUGAGGGAAGCCCCAGCCGUGUUCCUCGCAGACCCCAUUUGCACACACCGUUAGAUGAGGAUUACAGCCAAGGACCUGCAGAUUCUACAGACUCGGAUGGAGGGAAAACGGCUUCUUCAGAGAGUCUGUCUACAGUUCUCAGGAAACCUCGCUCUGUCUCAGCACCAGUGGACAGCACAGGGGUAGCUGGUAACGAUCUGAGCAUGGCAUACGAGCGAGCCAGAGUGACCUUGGAAGAUUCACUGCCCAGCCCUGUUCACUACAAGUCUAUUCUGAAGAAGACCGUGACCAUGCAUCAAGCUCCAUCCACAGUGUAUCAUUACACAGAUGACGGCGGGAGCUCUGAUGUUCCCCCCAGUAAAGUGGGCGCCAUCUUCCAAGCAGCCAAAAAGGACUUGUUGGGGAUUUUCCAACUGCAGGACCCCAGUCUAUUGGAGGGCAGAGUGACUCUGCACCAGGUGAAGGCCAGCUCUGUGGUGGCACGUCAAGGAGACCAGGAAGUGAGUGUGCAGUUUGUGAUUUCGGGUUUACUGCACGUGUACCAGCGGAUGAUCGACCGUGAGGAGGAAUCGUGUCUGUUUGUGACUCACCCUGGAGAGUUGGUGGGUCAGCUGGCUGUGCUCACAGGGGAACCGCUCAUCUUCAGUGUGCACGCUCAGCGUGACUGCACCUUCCUCUCCAUUUCCAAAACCCAUUUUUAUGAAAUCAUGCGUGCAGAACCGACGGUUGUGCUACAUGUAGCUCACACCGUAGUGCGCAGGAUGUCCCCAUUUGUCAGACAGAUUGACUUUGCGCUCGACUGGAUGGCUGUGGAAGCUGGCCGAGCAGUCUACAGGCAAGGCGAUAAGUCCGAUAGUACCUUCAUAGUGCUGAGCGGACGCUUGCGUUCGGUCAUUUUGAAGGAGGAUGGGAAGAAGGAGCUGACCGGAGAGUACGGAAGAGGAGAUCUAAUCGGAGUGGUGGAGGCUCUGACCCAUCAGAACAGAGCCACUACAGUGCAUGCUGUGAGGGAUUCGGAGCUGGCUAAACUGCCAGAGGGAGCACUCAGCUCCAUCAAGAGGAAAUUCCCACAGGUGGUCACACGACUCAUUCAUCUUCUCGGGCAGAAGAUCCUUCAGCAGGUCAAUGGGCCUUUAACAGCCCGUAGUCUGUCUCUGCACACUCCAAGCAGUAAGUGGGACGCAGGCAAUCCUGCCUCCAACCUGUCCACCGUGGCCGUGUUGCCCGUGUCUGAGGAAGUUCCCCUGACCGCGUUCACCCUGGAGCUGCAGCACUCUCUCAUUGCCAUCGGUCCCACACUUCUCCUGACCAGUGACAUUAUCAAACAGCGAUUGGGAUCUGCAGCAUUGGACAGUGUGCACGAGUACAGGUUGUCGAGUUGGCUGGGCCAGCAAGAGGACAUACAUCGUAUUGUCCUGUACCAAACCGACGGCUCUCUCACACCCUGGACCCAGCGCUGCAUCCGCCAGGCUGACUGCAUCAUAAUCAUCGGACUUGGGGAGCAGGACCCUGCGGUGGGGGAGCUGGAGCGGAUGCUGGAAGGAAGUGCAGUGAGGGCUCAGAAACAGCUGGUUUUGCUGCACCGGGAGGACGGGCCUCCACCCACAGGAACUGCUGAGUGGCUCAACAUGCGCAGCUGGAUCUCCAGACACCUGCAUCUCUCCUGCCCCCGUAGGGUCUUCUCUAAGAGGAGCCUGCCCAAACUGAGAGAGAUGUACCAGCGUGUUUUCCAAAAGCCUGCAGACCGCCACUCUGAUUUCUCCCGUCUGGCAAGAGCCCUGACUGGCAACGCCAUCGCAUUGGUACUUGGGGGUGGAGGAGCCAGGGGCUGCUCUCAGGUGGGUGUCUUGAGAGCGCUUCACGAGGCUGGGAUCCCUGUAGACCUGGUGGGAGGCACCUCCAUCGGUUCCAUGAUGGGAGCUCUGUACGCCGAGGAGCGCAGCUACAGCAGGAUGAGGAUCCGAGCCAGGGAGUGGGCUGUGGAGAUGACAUCAGUUUUCAAAAAGAUUUUGGAUCUAACCUACCCCAUCACCUCCAUGUUCUCUGGAGCAGCCUUUAACUCCAGCAUCAAUGCUGUCUUCAAAAAUAAGCAAAUCGAGGACCUGUGGAUCCCUUAUUUCAACAUCACCACUGACAUCACUGCUUCUGCCAUGAGAGUGCACACUGAUGGCUCUCUGUGGAGAUAUGUUCGUGCGAGCAUGUCAUUGUCCGGUUAUCUUCCUCCUCUGUGUGACCCCAAAGAUGGACACCUUUUAAUGGAUGGAGGUUACAUCAACAACCUGCCAGCGGAUGUGGCGCGGUCGAUGGGAGCUAAAGUUGUGAUCGCCAUCGAUGUGGGCAGCCAAGACGAAACCAAUCUAACCAACUAUGGAGACGCUCUAUCUGGCUGGUGGCUGCUAUGGAAACGGCUCAACCCUCUGGCAGAGAAAGUCAAAGUGUUGAACAUGGCUGAGAUCCAGACUCGCCUAGCGUACGUGUGCUGUGUGAGGCAGCUGGAAUCCGUCAAGAGCAGCGAUUAUUGCGAAUAUAUCAGACCUCCCAUCGACAGAUAUCGCACUCUGGAGUUCGGCAAGUUUGAUGAAAUUGCCGAGGUGGGCUACCAGCACGGGAAGACCGUGUUUGACGUGUGGUGCAGGAGCGGAGUGGUGGAGAAGAUGCUGAAGGACAGGCGCCAAGAGGAGUUCCACAACACCCACAGCAACAAUAUGGUGACUUGUCCAAACGCCUCCUUCACUGACCUGGCAGAGAUCGUCUCCCGUAUCGAGCCUGUCAAACAAGCACUUAAGGAUGAGGAGUCAGACUAUCACACUGAUUACGAGGAGGAGCUGGUGGGAAGUGCCCUGUCUGACAUGGAGCCCACCAACUACUGCAGCGAGCACACAGAGGAGGAGCUGACUGCUGAUACCGAUGAAGACCUGGAAAGAGAUCAUUCGGAAGACAUGAGUGGAGCAUGUUCUUCUGAGCCACAGCACACAACAAGCCCUAAUAACACUCCAACUGUAAGAGCCAGAAAGGUGCGAGAAGAGUGACCGGUCAGCCAUGACUUGUGACAUCUAUCCGUCCAGUGCUGGGUUGGCUUAGGACGAACACUUACAUUCCCAAAAAAAAAAAAAAAAAAAAUGCAGCGUUCCUCAAGACUUUCACGAAUGUGUUCUUAUCUACAGUAGAAUGAAUGAAUAAUAGGGACAUUUGGUUAAAAAUGCAUUGGCAGUCAGAUGGGCACGGGCAGAUUUUCUGCACCUCGUGCCGUGUCUGUGCGGUAAGUAACGUCGAGCAGGAGAUUUGUGUAACCGACACUCUCACAUUAUCACUGUGAAUCAUUUAAAUGCAACAUCCUCAAAGCACAAAUGAAAGGACUGCUCCACAUUUCACUAAGAUUGCUCCCUCGCCACUCCGUACCAGUAUAUUCGAGCAGAACCGUUUGUUCAUGAACAUCUUACCCGCUGCUGCAAAUGCUGUUUCACAGCCCAGCCUUGGGGUACUGAAGUAUUUAGUUUCUACUUUUAUUUUCAACCACUACAGUAUAAACAUGCAGCAGUGAUUUUAUAAAGCAUCCGAAUGCGAUUUCAGAUUCGACAUCUCCAAGCUGUCCGCAUGAACUGACACUCGUUUGAGAGUUUAAAUACAACAGCCGUCCAAUCAGGACCGUAGCGUGUCCGAAGUCCGACGACGAAUGACUGACUCUGCGUACAUACGGGCACUCCAGAAACAAGCCUGUCAGUGCAAUUUAGGUGGUGUUUUUUUUUUUCUUUUUUUCUACAUUCGUGUAAUUGUGUUUGUUCGAGACGUUUUAUGUGUUCCGCAGUGCCUUUUGCUCUUGCUCUUUAUGAUGAAGUAACCACAGGACAGCAGUCACGUCUGAUUCGUUUAGUACGCCUUCCUAUCAAUGAGUCUAAUAGUACUAAGAGUCUAAUCUUACAAGUGCACCUAGUAUAGGGUGUUUUUUUUUUUUUGUUUUGUUUUUGUUUUUUUAAAUAAUAAAUACCACUGUGAUGUAACUAUAAUGACUGAAGACACGUACUUCGCUACCUUCAUUUUGCACUCCUGUUCAAUCUGACAUUUUCAAUGGUCAAGUAGUGUUAGUCACAAUAUGUAAAAACCUACAGAGUCCUUGACAUUUACUUGCAAAUGCUCAUCCAAGUGCAGUCUUUAUUCACGUUUCGAAUUGAAAAUAUGGAAGAAAGGUGAAUUCAGUACGCCGUACGAGUUUCUUAGGGUUGCUAGGAAAGUGAUCAUUCGGUUAUUUGUCAAAAUAUGACACUAAUUGCUAAUAAAGUGCAAUUAGCAAUUAAACAUGAUUUC